AUGGCGCGCGGUCUUCGUCGUCUCGCGAUCUUCCUGUCUGCUCUCGCCGCCAGCUUCUCUGCCCUUGCGGCGCCGCCGUACGCGUUCCCGGAUUGCACCACCGCACCACUCGUAAACAACACCGUUUGCGAUGUCACAAAAGACCCCGUCACUCGCGCGGCUGCUCUGAUCGACCUCUGGACCAGCGUUGAGCUCACGAACAACACCGUCAACUCUUCACCUGGCAUCCCUCGUCUCGGCUUGCCCCCAUACAACUGGUGGUCCGAGGCACUGCAUGGUGUUGCGGGUAGUCCCGGAGUCAACUUCAGCCGCUCCGGGGACUUCAGUCACGCCACCUCCUUCCCUCAACCCAUCCUCAUGGGUGCUGCAUUCGACGAUCCUCUCAUCCAGGCAGUCGCAAGCAUCGUCAGCACUGAAGCUCGCGCUUUCAACAACGUCGGGCGUGCCGGUCUUGACUUCUGGACGCCUAAUAUCAACCGACCCCGUUGGGGUCGUGGCCAGGAGACCCCGGGAGAAGAUCCUUUCCACCUGGCCCAGUACGUUUACAACCUCAUCGUCGGCCUUCAAGGCGGCCUCGACCCCACACCCUACUUCAAGAUCGGAAUCCAGCGCUAUGGGUUCAACGCCAUCGUAACACAGCAGGACCUCUCCGAGUACUACCUCCCCCCUUCCAGUCGUGCUGUCAUGUGCUCGUAUAACGCCGUCAACGGCGUUCCCUCUUGCGCGAACAAGUUUUUGCUUCAGGACGUUCUCCGCGACACAUGGGGAUUCAACGAUGAGCGUUGGGUCACCAGCGAUUGUGAUGCUGUGCAGAACAUCUAUGACUCGCACAACUUCACCGCAAACCCUGCGCAAGCUGCUGCUGACGCGCUCUCGCUGGCACUGACAUCGACUGCGGCACCUUCUCGAUUGAUCACAGUGGACGAUCUCAAGCAGGCUGCCACGCGCCAAUACGCCUCCCUUGUCCGCCUCGGCUACUUCGACCCGCCCGAAUCCCAGCCCUACCGCCAACUCGCCUGGGCUGACGGGAUGGUCCUCCUCAAGAACGACGGCACGCUCCCGCUGUCCCAGCGCGUCCAGAAGCUCGCGCUCAUCGGCCCUGGAAACUACUUUGGUACCGCGCCGUUCCUCGUCAGCCCUCUUCUCGGCGCACAACAGGCCGGAUUCGACGUCGAGUUUGUGUUGGGCGCGACCGUGAAGGGUACCGACACGAGCGGUUUCGCGGCUGCGGUCGCUGCGGCGCAGAGCGCGGAUGCGGUCAUCUUCCUCGGCGGCCUGGACGAAUCCCUCGAGGAAGAGGCCUUGGACCGGCUGAACGUGACCUGGCCGGGCGUGCAGCUCGACCUCGUCGCGGAGCUCGAGAAGGUCGGGAAGCCACUGAUCGUCGCCCAGUUCGGCGGUGGGCAGCUGGACGACACCGCGUUGAAGAACAGUCGCGCAGUUAACGCGAUCAUCUGGGGUGGUUACCCAGGCCAGUCAGGAGGCACCGCUCUCUUUGACAUCCUCACCGGCAAAACCGCACCCGCGGGCCGUCUCCCGAUCACACAGUACCCUGCCGAGUACGCGACGCAGCUGCCGAUGACGGACAUGUCCCUCCGCCCGCACGACGCCUCCCCCGGCCGGACGUACAAGUGGUACACGGGAACGCCUGUGUUCGAGUUCGGAUUCGGCCUGCACUACACUACCUUCCACUUCGCGUGGGGCUCCGCGCUCAAGCCGACGUACUCGAUCAGCAAGGUGAUGGCGCAGGCCAAGGCGUCCUCGGCGGCGUUCACGGACCUGGCGACGUUCGACACGUUCCCGGUGCGGGUGACGAACACGGGGAAGACGACGAGCGACUACGUGGCGCUGCUGUUCGCGAGCGGGAGCUUUGGGCCUUCGCCGCGCCCUAACAAGUCGCUGGUGGCGUACUCGCGGGUGCACGGGCUGGCGCCGGGGAAGAGCGCGACGGUGUCGCUGGACGUGACGCUCGGGACGCUGGCGCGGGCGGACGAGGAUGGGGUGAAGUGGCUGUACCCGGGGACGUACACGCUGAAGCUGGACACGACGGGAGCGAUGAGCCACACGUUCGUGCUGACGGGCGAGAAGGCGAUGGUUGCGGACUGGCCGAAGGAGAGCUCGUGA